AUGGAGAUCCUUCUGUGGGCGUCCCUGCUCUACGGAGCCGGUGUGGUGUGGAGCUUCCACUCUGUGCAGUACAGCUUCAUCAACGUCGCUAUGAGCUGGACCAAGGCUCAGCAGUACUGCAGACAGCACCACACAGACCUGGCCACCUUCUGGAGCCUGGACGACAUCUAUCGGGUGAACAGACCCAGCCAGUAUGGAGGGGUGGCCUGGAUCGGACUCUUCGAUCCCCCCAAUUCAUGGAAAGGGAUCAUGGGUAAUGAUUCCAACUCCUGGAGAUGGUCUGUCACCGGGAAGCCCAGCCCUGGAGGCUUCCACAACUGGAGAUCCGGCGAGCCGAACAACGACGAAGGCGAUCAACUGUGUGCAAUUAUGGUUAAUGGAGAGUGGGACGACAGAAGCUGCUCAACUCUGUGUCGAUCUGUGUGUUUCACAGGACAGAAGACGUUCUCUCUGGUCUCCUCUCUGAUGUCGUUUGCGGAGGCCCAGAGUCACUGCAGACAGCACUUCACAGACCUGGCCAUGAUCGAGGACCAGCAGGAGAACGAGGCCGUGUCCGCCCUGUGUCCCAGUGAACACGUGUGGAUCGGUCUGUACCGAGAGGCCUGGAGGUGGUCCGACGGCAGCACCAGCACCUUCACCAACUGGAACUCCAAACCAGACAACGCUAAUGGAAACCAGCACUGCACCAGAGAGGAACGGUCGUAUUUAUGGAACGACAGAGUUUGCGGCGAAGCCUUCCCCUUCAUCUGCCAUCGAGUCGUUACAACGAGAAAACACCGGCUCCUGAUGAAAUUCUGGUCUGGUCUAAACCUGUCAGAACCUGCGCUUCAAAACCAGAUCACACAGCGAAUUGGGGCGGAGCUUCAGCGCAGCGGAGUCUCUGAUUUCCGUCUCAAGUGGAAGAGCGCUCCUCACGAAGAAUAA